GUUGACUUCCUCCAGCCUAGGUCGACUAUCCAUGGUUUUUUUUCUUGUUUUUCUUCAAGGCUACGGCGGCUCGCCACGUGGGUGCAUACUUCUGGUGUUUAUUUCCCUCUGGUUUCCCACUGGACAGUAUCAGAGACACCCCUCGCUGUCUUGCCGUCUUUCCAGUCGAGAGAGGCCAAUCAUCACGCGCUCAAAUCAAGCUGCUUCCGAGAACCACCAUGGCUUCGGUGAAAUACCUAGGUCAAAUCCCACCUGCUGUUUCUGCCGCCUGCUUUCCUCGUUGGUCGUUGCCGCCUAACGCAAGCCUGACAUUUCCAAAGUCGAUGCAGCCUCGAUCCCAAGUUUCAAGAGAUGCGCAUCUCAUCUGCCCCAGUACUCUCCGUAAUUUGAGGUCGACCAUCAAUGCAGUUGCCUGGGCUGAUGCCGAAAUGAAAAGGUCACUUUGAAGCAGGAGCAAAAUCAACGACACGGCAUCAAACACCGCAAGACGCG